AUGGCAACCGCGGGCAGCCGGCACUGACAGCUGGAAAACGAGGACCCGAGCCAGGUUACAGGCUUAGACUUCGAGCAGCCCAGGGAGAGUCUCUGCGUCCUCCAGCCCCCGCUUCCCUUUCUGUCGGAGAUCCUAAGCCCGCAGCGAAGUCUGCAAGUAGCUUUCCCCGACGCCCACGAGACCGGAAGUGCCUGGGCCCAGGUAGAGGAAGAACCCGCGUGGCCUCCUCUGCGCCCUCCCUGGCGUCCGCGCCCAUUCCGGCGCUUCUCCCGCGUCCUUCACCAUGGCAACUUCUGGCGCUCGGAGCGUGGGCCGCGAGCCAGGUGGGUGGGGAGCCGGUGGGCUCUACCCGCCAGCCCACGAGAAGUGACGACGGAGCACCCUUCAAGGAGAAUUAGACAAAUUGGAGUCUACUCGGAAGAGGCUGUUGGGAAUGGCCCUGACACCACAUCCUGACAGGGAUGGCCGAUGGAAUGGGGAGAAGACUCAGGUGGGGCUUGAGUUUGUCCUCUGAUGACUGAAGGGCCUUGGGAGCGAGCAUCCUUCCUGCUACUGUGUGUUCGCUGGUUCCGAUGAUACAUAAUUUGUGCUUUUCGUAAUUCAAGUAUUACCUUGUA